UGAAUGUUUAAAUUAACAAAAUGUCGCACACCAAUUCUGAUAGAAAUAAAUUCAGAAAGACGGAUGAAGAAAGGGUGAUAAAAAACGUAAAAGAGGAUUAUUUGAUUUGCAGUAUUUGUAUAGACCAGUUUGUCGAUCCACGUGUUUUACCGUGUGGACAUAGUUUUUGCCUAACAUGUUUAACAGAAUACAUUGAUAAGUCUGCGAACGAGGAUGAAUUCGCAUGUCCUAUAGAUAGACAAAGCAUGCAAAAACCUUUCGGAAUGAAAAACUCAAAACGCUGGGCGCAAUACUAUCCACCAGCAACCUUCUUACGAACACUUGUUAAAGCUGUUGAAAUCCACGAAGGAACGGUACCAACUUGCAGACGACAUCAUGGGAGGCCACGUGAGUUUUACUGUGCAACAGAUGACGUAUUAGUGUGUUCCGAAUGUGCAGUAAACGAACAUCGAUCAGAAAAUUGUGACUGCUCUACGCUUAAUGAUAUAUACAAUAGAAGAAAAGAUGAUAUUCAAAUACUUCAUCGUGCACUGAGUGGUCAGGAGUCCUGCGUCCAUCAGUUAAUAACCGAUCAGUAUAGAUUACGUGAACUGUUCAUGGAAAGUAAAUCAAAUGUCAAGUGCGAACUAGAUAUGGUCAGAGAUCGACUGUCAGUGUUUUAUGAAAGCACUUCAAGGGCAUUAGAUGAAUUGUCCGAAGAAAUAGACCAAUCGGAAUUUACUAGAUACAGUUUAGAAGCUCAGCUGGAUUCGUUCUUUAAAGAAAUUUCAGAAAUGAAAGAUGAACUAAAAGACAUUAAACCGAGUAUUGAUUUUCUGGACAUUUUACAGAGAAUAGAAUCAAAAGUAGAUUAUUAUGGAUCUGAACUUGACGAUAUUUCAUCUUUCCUUAAGGAAUGUGAGGAGUCAAAAAGUGUGCGCAUAGAGUUUGUACCGAAUACUUCAUUCAGAUGAAUAUUCUGUUGGGUCUAUUAUUAACCAUAGCGAUAAGUAACGUUAGAGUAUCUCCCUUGUUUGUUACUUUCUGUCUGUUAACGCUAAUACUGGGACAUGAGUUUUAUAUUAAAGAAGAAUAUUAUUAAUAUGGACUUUAUUAUGUCGCACUGAUAAUUCAUGUAUCAAUUGUGGCUCUUCGUAAACAUAAAAACACUACAAAAAUCAGAUGAUACUAGUUUACAAUAAAUUGCAAAUGUUACAAAGUGAUACCAAUCAAGCAUAACGUAAUAGACUUAAAGGAAUAUACAUUUGUACAAGAAAUAUUAAAAUACAGGCACUGCGUAAAAUUAAAUGAAUUCUGCUCAAGUUAACAAAAUGGAAAUUCUAUUGGAACAUAAUCAACGGCAUAACUUUAAAACAACUCAGAGGUCAUAUUAAUAUUUUUAUUUAUCAUUUUUUUCGACACACUUGUUAUUUAUGUCAUUAUCAUAUCUAUAUUCAUGUUCGCUGAACUAGUACACAUUUUUGUUUAUGGACUUAUCCGACUUCUAGUUAAACUUGACUUAUCGAGUCCAUUUUUGUCUUUGACCAAGUUUAUUUUAUUGAUAACGUUGAUAUU